AUGGCGGUUAAAAUUUUGGUUCAGUACAAGACAGACAACCAUAGGCUCGAACAAACCCCCAGUAAUCUCAUUAACAUCGUGGACAACAGUGAGAUUAAAAUCCAAGUAAAUGCCUCCGAUAUACCAAAGUCCUUACAAGACUCCAUACAGCGAUUCAAUAGCGGUAAUAGUACCUCGGAAGAUGAAAGGGGAGUACAUGCCCUCGAGUACCACAGACUAAUGAGAACACCCAGAUCCCCAAACAGUACUUUCCCCUUCCCAGAAAUCCCCACUGCUAAAGCUACAAAUCCCGCUACCAAUACAACCAAAAUCAAACCAGCCAACGUUCCCAGCAAAAGACAAGGGUCUAUGCCCCCUAUAGUGGUCGACGGCAAAACAAUAAAUCAGAAUAUAUUAAUACAGGAUUUUAAGGCCAAAAUCAAAGGUGGAUUCAGUGUCAAACACACGAACAAUUCAACUAUCCUGUUCGUGGAUGACAAAGAAGACCACCAGAAAGUCCUGCAAAGUGUCAGGGACGAAAACAUAGCGCACCAUAUCUACACUAACACAGAAGACAAAUCGCACAAAUUUGUACUGAGAGGGCUCGCAGAUGGUACAAAAACCCAGGACAUUGAAGACGACAUAGAAACACAAUACGAAAUUAAAGUUAAAAACAUCUUUCGUAUGAAUACGAAAAAUCGACACUUGUUUCUAGUCGUCACUGAUCCUUCCUUGACACUGGAUUAUCUCAAUAAGAAUGGUGAAAUUAAAAAUCAAGAUAUUCGUCACCCUCUUAUUACAAAAGCAAUCCAAUAUGCCACUGCCACCGAAGAUUUGGGAUUAACAACGCCUUUAAUUGUUCAUUUGAAACCGAUUCUGGAAACGAAACAGCCAGUCGUUAAUGGCGGCGAACGAUCUUGGCGAAACUAA